AUGGGUGCUAUACCGGAGAAAUGUGGUGAUCCCGGUCCUUGUCUAGUUACUUGCACUAUAGGUGGUAUACAAUUUGUUGAUUGCAUGUGUGACCUAGGUGCUUGUGUUAGCAUUAUGCCUUUAUCUGUUUAUGAUGCAUUAAUGCUUCCACCGUUGAAAUGGUCAGCGGCCCGUUUUGUUUUGGCAGAUAAAAUUAUAAUCUCGGUGGUUGGCGUUGCGGAAGACGUCUUAGUGAGCAUCAAUAGGUUGACUUUUCCAAUUGAUUUCUAUAUUCUUGGGAUGCCCCUUAAUUACUCUGGAAGACCAUCAUCUAUAUUACUAGGGAGGCCGUUCUUGAAAACCUCUUGGUUUAAAUUGAACGCUUUUUCGGGUACCUACUCCUUUGAAAUUAAUGGAAGAGCAGUGAGUUUUAAUCUCGAUGAGGCUAUGAGGCAUCUACUGGAUGACCAUUCUGUCUUCCGGUGUGAUAUGAUUGAUGAUAUUGUGGCCGAAGUCCACCAGGAUGCAGUUCAUGAGAAGAACGUGGUUCAAGGUAUAAGUGUGGGGAAACUCCCUAAAUAUGAUGAAGACACCUUACCACCUCCGGUGCUACCGGAUGAUCAAGUGCCAAGCCAUAAGCAAAAUAUGGAACCGAAGCCACUUCCACCCCAUCUUAAGUAUGCCUAUCUUGAAGAGAAUCAAAAGCUCCCAGUGAUCAUUGCAAAAAAGCUUAACUCCCAACAAGAGGAAAGAUUGCUUAAUAUACUAUGA